AUGAGUGUAAUACUUUGUACAGCCGGUUACGAUCAUACGAUUCGUUUCUGGGAAGCUUUGUCUGGUAUCUGCUCGCGUACAAUCCAACACCCUGACUCCCAGGUCAAUCGUCUUUGCAUCUCACCCGACAAACGAUAUCUUGCCGCUGCUGGCAACCACAAUGUCAAACUUUUCGAUGUCAAGUCCACGAACUCACAACCAGUAAUGGUAUUCUCCGGCCAUGCUGGAAACAUCACAGGCGUUCAGUUCCACUGUGAAGGCAAGUGGAUGGUCACCAGCUCUGAGGAUGGGUUUGUGAAAGUUUGGCAGACUAAAGACGCAACUAUCCAGCGUGUCUACGACCAUAAGUGUGCCGUCAAUGAUGUAGUCAUCCACCCAAACCAGGGUGAGCUGAUAGCCUGCGACCGAGCUGGUGGUGUCAAGAUCUGGGACCUCGGAGAGGACAAAUGCGCGCAGGAGCUUUACCCCGAGGAAGAUGUCUCAAUGGCAAGUGUCACGGUCGCCACUGACGGGAGUCUUCUCUGUGCUGGCAACAAUUCGGGCAAUGUCUAUGUUUGGCGAAUGAUUCAGACCAGGAAUGUCACUACGAUUCAAGCCAUCACCUCUUUUCAAGCACAUACAGCCUAUAUUACACGCGUUUUACUAUCACCUGAUGUUCGUCAGCUUGCUACCUGUAGCGCUGACCACAACGCUAGAAUCUGGAGCGUAGACCCAACCGCUCCGCAUUGCAUCAAGGGUAGCGAGAAUCUUCCAAAGAGUAGGAAGGAGGGCGCUUUUCCCCUUCAGAUGAGCCUUGACAGUCACCAGCGAUGGGUGUGGGAUUGUGCCUUCAGUGCCGACUCGGCGUAUUUGGUCACCGCUUGUAGUGAUCAUUAUGCAAGAUUGUGGGAGCUCGGGACUCAGAAUGUUAUAAGACAGUACAAUGGGCACCACAGGGGGGCAGUUUGCGUCGCUUUGAAUGAUUAUUCAGAAAGAUAA